AAACCACUUCGCGUGCUCUCCUUCUGAAGUACUAAAUUUCCCACAGUCGUUGAACGCCUCGUGGUCUCACGGUUAAAUGCGCCGGCUCCACUCCCUCCGGUCCGACGAAGAGCUCGGAUGGAGAGCAGCGUGAACUCCAGUGGACAUCGCUGCCUGUCACAGGUUGUUUCAAGCAUCAAGGACGGAAAACAGCAAACCUCCCCCUCGCCUGCCAGCACAUCUUUCCUCUGGAGGAAAAGGGGCAGUCGGUGUGUGCCGCGACACAAGUGAGGUGGUCGGAGAGUAACACCCAGCAGAGAUGUCACCUUUCCUGCGCAUCGGCUUCUCCAGCUUUGAGAUAGAUCCCAGUCUGGCCUACCAUGAAGAGGUGUUGAACCCGUACUGUGCUGUCUACAUGAAGGAGGCCAUAGACACAGAGAAGGGCCAGGUGUAUAAACAGAAGAAGCCCACCAUGUACCCGCCGUGGAGUACCACGUUCGAUGCCCACAUCCACCGUGGUCGCAUAAUGCAUGUGAUGGUGAAGGACCGGGCGGCGGAGCUGAAAUCUGAAGCCACAGUGCCUCUGGAGCCGCUGGCAACACGAUGCAAGAAGGAGAAUGGCAAGCUGGAGAUCUGGCUGGAGCUGAAGCCACAGGGUCGCCUGCUGAUGGAGGCCAAAUAUUAUCUUGAGAAAAGUGAUGCUGCAGGUCAGACUGAGGGAGACCCCGAGUCUGAACGGGAGCAAGAGGGUCUGUUCACCCUCCAUCAGCGACGUGGUGCCAUCAAGCAGGCCAAAAUUCAUGUUGUCAAAUGUCACGAGUUCAGCGCUACCUUCUUCCCUCAACCGACCUUCUGCUCUGUCUGCAAAGAGUUUGUCUGGGGUCUUAACAAGCAGGGUUACCAGUGCAGACAGUGCAACGCAGCUAUCCACAAGAAAUGCAUAGACAAAGUUAUCGCCAAGUGCACUGGUUCAGCUAUAAACAGCAAAGAAACAAUGAUCCACAAGGAGCGCUUCAAGAUCGACAUGCCCCACAGAUUUAAAGUCUACAACUACAAAAGUCCCACCUUCUGUGAACACUGUGGGACUCUGCUGUGGGGGCUCGCCAGGCAGGGGCUCAAAUGUGAGGGUGAGAGGCAGGAUAUUUACGACUUCUGUGGUUUUAUCUGUCUUGCUAUAACAAACUGGACUUCUGUUGUAACACCUCGUUAGUAACUUAUUGUAGCAAACGUUUGCCUUGACAUCACGCAUCAA